AGGUCGCGACGGGAACACCGUGGCGUAACACCGCGCAGUGAUCGGCGCCCAGCGAUUUCGGUGUGUUACAAAAUACGUACCGCGUGAGUGAAAUACAUUUUGUUUCCACGAGCCCCCACGACUCUUGUUUUCACUCCAGUAAAUGGGGGCGUUGCUCUCGUCGCUGCUCUUCCCACGGAAGCGGUGUCGUGACAACGGCGGUGGCGGUGGUGAAGAUAUCGCCACCGUGUCCCGUGAGCCACGCAGCCCACGUGCGUGCGGCGGCGGUGCACCCGCCAAUAUGGUAGAUCCUUCUCCGUCUCUGCUGGCCAAACAUCUCUGCCGGCUGCGUUAUCGCUGCACGAGCUCGGAGAAGGUGGGCUCGUUGGUGUGCCGUCACGUGGCGGAGGAUGCAACGACUCGACAAACGUACGGCUGCCACGCCCACCUCUACGAGACGGUCACCGCCGAGGAGAGCCACGGCGUGGCCCUCGCGUGGUGCGUCGACGAGGCGGAUCCGAUUUCAGCGCUCUCGCUGCUCUCUUUGUGCCGCGUUGCGAACAGCUGUCGGAAGACGACGCUGUUGACUUCGCCGCUUGGAGACGCGCUUAUCUUAACCUACACUGCUACCUUAUAA